AUGGGAGACGAACAAGACAACCAUAAAUCACCAAAAGGGAAGAAGGCUAGUGUCAUUAACCGUAUCGGUGAUGUGGUCCAAACAUUUUCACCCAGAAACUAUCGAAACAAAAUGAAAAGCAAAUCCUCGAGAGCCGGGAACACAUCCGCCGAAGAUUUGGACGACAAGCAAGGGGUCGAGGCAUCCCCUAAGCAUGUUGUUGACUUGACGGGGAUUGCCGUUAAGCCGGAGCCAUCGAAAGGCAUAAGCGAUGGGAAAAGUGAAGACUUCAAGUUCUUUUAUGAAGGAGUGGACUCGGGAGAAUUUUCAUCACCUUUUACAUCUCAGUUUGGGGACCACUGA